AUGGUUCUUUCACAACUUGGGUCAAGCCUUGUGACAGCAUUACGUAAAAUGACAUCAUCAACUGUUGUAGAUGAAGAAGUCAUUAAUACAUUAUUAAAAGAAAUUGAAACAUCAUUAUUAGGAGAAGAUGUGAAUCCAAUAUUUAUUAGACAAAUGGUAAAUAACAUAAAAAAGAAAAUUAAUUCAGAGGAUAUUCCUGAUGGAAUUGAUAAAAGAAAGUUAAUAAAAGAUUCUGUUUUUGAAGAACUUAUUAAUUUAGUAGAUCCAAAAACUGAACCAUUUAAACCAAAGAAAGGAAAAACAUGUGUAUUAAUGAUGGUUGGUUUACAAGGAGCAGGUAAAACUACUACUAUUACAAAACUUGCAUUGUAUUAUAAAAAUCGAGGAUAUAAACCAGCUGUUGUUGGAGCAGAUACAUUUAGAGCAGGAGCGUAUGAACAAUUACAAAUGAAUGCUAAACGAGCAGGAGUACCAUUUUUUGGAAUAAAAGAAGAAAGUGAUCCAGUAAAAGUUGCUAGUGAAGGAGUUCGUACAUUUAGAAAGGAAAAGAAUGAUAUAAUUCUUGUUGAUACAUCAGGUAGACAUAAACAAGACAAAGAAUUAUUUAAAGAAAUGCAAAGUGUUCGUGAUGCAAUUAAACCAGAUUCAAUUAUUUUUGUAAUGGAUGGAGCUAUUGGACAAGCAGCAUUUGGACAAGCAAAAGCAUUUAAAGAUGCAGUUGAAGUAGGAAGUGUUAUUAUAACAAAAUUAGAUGGACAUUCAAAUGGAGGAGGAGCAUUAAGUGCUGUAGCAGCAACAAAAAGUCCAAUUAUAUUUAUUGGAACAGGAGAAAAAGUAAAUGAAAUAGAAGAAUUUGAUGCAGAAAGUUUUGUAAGAAAAUUACUUGGAAUGGGAGAUUUAAAAGGAAUUGCAAAAUUAGCUAAAGAUUUUGCAGAGAAUGCAGAAUAUAAAACUAUGGUAAAACAUCUUCAAGAAGGUACAUUAACAGUAAGAGAUUGGAAAGAACAAUUAACAAAUUUACAAAAAAUGGGACAAUUAGGUAAUAUUAUGCAAAUGAUUGGAUUAAAUCAUCCAAUGUUUCAAGGAGGAAAUAUUGAAAAAAAAUUUAAAGUAUUUAUGGUUAUUUUAGAUUCUAUGACAGAUAGAGAAUUAGAUGGAUCAGCUAAAACAAUGUUAAAUGAUGAAAGUAGAAUUAGAAGACUUGCUCGAGGAAGUGGUAGAGAUAUAAGAGAAGUUAAUGAAUUAUUUGAACAAAUUAAAUUAUUCCAACAAUGUAUUGAUAGAUUACCUAAAGCUAUGAGAGCUCAAUUAGGAAAUUCUAAUGCACAACCUAAUGAAGCAGCUAUGAUACAACAAAUGCAAAGAAUGCUUCCUAAAGGUGUUAAUCAAGCUCAAUUACAACAAUUAAUGAAACAAAUGAAUGCAGCAGGAUUAGGGGGAAUAGGAAAGAAAGGAAAGAAAUAA